AUGCCUGAUUCAUUUUUUAGGCCCGAAAGCAGUGGACCUCUACCGCUGCUGUUUUACUGUAAACGUCAUUCGACUAUGCUGGCUAUCUUGGGCUUGCUGACGCUCCCUUCGCUGGUACCAAGAUCCGUACACUACGCCGUCGAGCUGAUCGACUACGAGUGGUUCGCACCACAGCGGACGUUCCCCGCUCCACCCUGGAGCGGCCCUCAGGGAGCGUACAACCUGUCUGCGCUCGACCAACGCCGGGACCGGAGGACACUGAUAGACCAGAAUGACUUCCACUAUAUAGUCAACAGCGACCGCUGCAAGGCACCUCUGGAUGAUCUCUUCAUCGUCGUGUUCGUGCACUCGGCGCCGGCGCACUGGGACAGGCGGCGAACUAUCCGCGAGACCUGGGGCAACGCGAGUGUCCUGCGGGCCGUCACCGCAGAGAAGAUGGCGCUAGUGUUCAUGGUUGGCCGUCCGGACGACGCGCGCGAGCUCAAGACGCUUGCGCUCGAGGGUAGCAUUCACGGCGAUCUGGUCAUGGGGGACUUCGCUGACAGUUACCGCAACCUGACAUAUAAGCACGUGAUGGGGCUUAAGUGGGUGACAUACUUCUGCCGGAACGCGCGGUACGUGCUCAAGACGGACGACGACGUGUUUAUGGACUUGUUUCAGCUGACGUCGUACCUGCGGUCCGUGUUUGGCGCGCUGGCGCCCCCCAAGCUGAUGGCGUGCCUUUUGAUUCGGCGGGCCGUCGUCAAGCGUAGCUAUCGCAGCAAGUGGAGGGUGGGCUUCGGCGAGUACCGCGGCCGUCGCUACCCGCCGUACUGCUUGGGGUUCGGGGUUGUGAUGUCGCCCGACGUGGUCUUCGACCUUUAUCGCGCGUCGGUCGGGACGCCAUACUUCUGGAUUGACGACGUUUUUGUCACGGGGAUCCUCGCACGGCGGAUCGGGCUCACGCACGUAGACAUCGCGCACCACCUUGGGGGAAGCGGCAACGAAGCACUCGCCUGGCUGGGACAGGCGCCGCAAGAACCGCCUCCCUUCAUGGGACUCCGAGAUUUGGACACAGAGUUUAUAUACCGUUUGUGGAACAAGACCCGCUGCUACGCACUGCAUUUGUAG